GAUGGGGGACAAUCUUCUAGAAUCAUACAACCCUCUAUACGAUGUCCAUCUACGGCAGUAUUUUGCUCUCCCUCAUAUGCAAAAACAUUUGAGAAAUCUUGGACUGCUCGAUGGAUCUGCUGGACAAAGUGAGGAAUUACACGCCGGUCAUUUACAAAUGAUGGAUAUGAUGUUACGGAAUAGAGAAAGAGUACUUCAACAAUUAGUAGACCUUCAACGUAAAUUGGAUGCAGCUGAGAAAGUGGAACUUUACAGACGUAUUCGAAGUGGAGUUACAAACGCAGAAGAAUUAGAACGUUCCCAUGUUUCACGUAGUCUUUCGCGUCCAGCUAGAAGCGCACUUGGAAAUGGUAGAUUUUCAAGAGAGGGAGGUGGUCAUCGACGUCAACAAUCGCAUAGUCCUGAAGCUGGGGAUUUGAUUAAACGUGUUGAGACAGAUUAUAGAGCUGACAGUGCCCCGAUCAAAAAUUCAAAAAGUAUUUACAACAGAUUGGCGGCUAAUGCCUACAAAUAUCAAUAUUUACAUAAGCUCGACGACCGAACCCUUCGCAAAUACAUGAACUCUUUACGGAAACAAUUGGCCAAACUUGAACGUUUCAGAGAAGUCUCUUUUGGCCCUCACACAAUGGCUAAACACCAACCGGCGCAGUUGCAACAAUCCUGGUUUUUCCGUCGCAGGUCCCUGCCCAGUUUGGAAGCCGCAGUCGGCGCUACUAAUAACUCACAAUCCCAACAAACUAACGGGGGUUGGAGAAGCCUCAAAUCAGGCAGAAAAUCACGAAGCGGCAAGUCACAAUCUCCACGCCGUGCAGGUGCUGCGGCUGAUGAACCUUUAACUAAAAUGCGCAGAACUUCAAUGUCACGCACUAGAGCAACUCAAAAACUUCCACCCUUGCCACAAACCGCAAAGCGUUCUUUUACUGGAAAUCGUUCUAUGCCGACUCCAAGCAAGUCUAUGGAGCAGAAACUACCGCCAACGGGCACUACCAAGCAAACUAAAAAGGCUCAAGAACGCCCUCCUCGUCGUUCUCAACCAGCUACAGUUCAAAAAACACCCGGCAUUAAAACAACGCCAAUCGGGGCUCGACCUCCUUCGUCUAAAGGAUCCAUCACUCCUGUCAAAGUGCAGAAGCCUCCUUCCAUGUCUGGAGCUUUACCAGUCAUAGGAGCUGCUGUUGGUGCUGCUGGUGUUGCAGUAGUGGCAGCUACUAUUGUAAAUGAUGAUGAGCGUAAGGAGGAGGAUAAUAGAGAAAAUGUGGCCCCUUCUCCUUCAAUUUCCUUAGCCGCCUCACAAACUACUACAACCGAUGGACAACCGGCAGGUGAUUCUGAGUGGGAAGGAGAUCAAGUCGAAGCUCCAGCAGAGGUUGUAAAUGAAGAAGAGGCUAGGCCAACACCUGGGCCCUUUGAAGGAGAGACAGAAGUAACAGAAAACCACAUGGAAGGAAGCGAAGGACAACUAACUGCUCGAACUGAAGUUAAGUCGGCUGCUAAGGAGGAGUUAAUGGAAAGGCAGGAUGAGGCGAUGGAAGAAAAUGAAAAUGAAGAGAGAAUGAAAAAUGAGGAAGAAAUUAAAAGAGAAGUGAUAUCGCCUGUUGGAACAGAAGCAGUGGGUUCUGGGAUGGAGGAGGAUGAAUAUAAAAAUAUUUCUUCAUCGCCUGGAAGGGAAGAAAUUGAAGAAUCAGAAGAAAUUCCACAAGAGCCAACUCAAGCAUGUUCUCUUCAACAACACUAUGAGCGUGUCAAAAGAGAGGCUGAGAUAAAGGCAGAGGAAAAAGAAGAGGAAGAAGUAUUUGAACAACCUAUCCAGAAGGAAGAAAUAUAUGAAGAUAAGGAGAAUGAAGGAAUAAUCAGUCCAAAAGAAGAAAUUGUUAGCACACACUCUCCCGAAAAUAUAAUAAUGAAUGGAGGUCAUUAUGGGCAUAAUGACGAGGUUGAAGGAAGUGAACGCUCUGUGGAAAUUAAAGAGGAGAGUUUAAAGGAAGCCGAACCAGUGAGUGAUGAAGAAAAGAGGGUUUCUGAUUCUCGUGUUAGUUUUGCAAAGAGUGAAGAUUCUAUUGAAAGAAGGGAAGAAUACCCGAGUGAAAGACAAAAAAGUGAAGAAGCGGUUGUUGAAAUGGAAGAAUUGUCUAAUCAAAACGUGGAAAAUGAAGAAAAUAUUCAGGAAUCGCCUGUUAAGGUUACGAUAACCCCAUCGCCAGAAAAUAAAUGUUGGGGAGAGGAGGAAGAAAUGAAUGAUGGGAAAGAAGAUGAGGAAAAAUUCGUUGUUAUGGCUGAAAGUCCAGCGGUUGAUAAAGCUUCGAUUUCUCAUCAUUCUGAGGAUGGGAGAGAUGGAGAAGUUGAAUUGGAAGGCUCUCCAAGAGUGGAAGAGCAUUUGGGACAAAGCGAAUCGCCUUUAGCUUCUACCCGUUCAGUAGUGAAUGGAAUAAAUUAUGAAGAAGGACAGGAAACACAGAAUGAAGAACACGAGGCUGAACGUGAUUUAGAGCAUCGUUAUGAGUUGCCAGAAUCUAAAACUGUCUCAGAUUACGUUGAAGAGCCUUCUGAACAGUAUGAUGAAAAUAAGAAUGAUGAAGUAUUUGAGGAAGGGCACAGAAUGAAAAGAGAUGUUGAUGGAUUUGGUGGAGGUGAAGAGUAUUCUGCAGGAAGGGGGGAAGAACAUUUUGGAGAGGAAGGAGUGCACACUGGAAGAGAGGAGGAACAUAUUGGAAAAGACGAAAACGGAUUUGGAAGAGAAGAAAGUCAGCAUACAGGAAGAGAGGAAGAACAUUAUGGAGAGGAAGAGGAAGUGCACACUGGAAGAGAGGAGGAACAUAUAGGAAGAGAGGAAAACGGAUCUGGAAGAGAAGGAAGUCAACAUUCUGGAAGAGAUGAAGAACAUUUUGGAAAAGAAGAGGAAGAGUUCGAACGAAUAGAAAAUAAGAAUACUGAAAGAGAAAGUAAUAAACAUAUUGAAAGUGAAGGGGAACAACUUAGUGGAAGAGAAGUUUACACCGAAAGAGAGGAACAUUCUGGAAGUGUAAAGGAGGAACAUAAUGAAGAAGAUAAUGGGGACUUUAAAAGAGAAGAGUUACAUUCUGGAAGUGAGAAUCAAUAUACUGAAAGAGAAGAAAGAAUGACUGGAAGAGAAGAUGUAGGAAUAAUUGAAAGAGAAAAGGAAAGGUUAAGAAGUGAAGAUGGAGAGCAAGGAAGAGAAGAUGAACAUACAGGAAGAGAGGAGCAUGAAAGAGACAAUGAAGAAAUGGUUGGAGGAGGAGAAGAAGAUGCAGGACUAGAACAUGACGAAAGAGAAGAGGUUGUCGAAAAGGAAGAAGACGAUAAUCACUUCGAAAAAGAAUCUCAGCAUACUGGAAGAGAAACUGUAGAACUGAUUAAAGGUCCCGAUGAGACAGAAUUUGAAAAUUUAGUCGAAAGCGAGUCUGUCCAACCCUCUAAUGAAGAUACAAGCAGAAAGCUUAGUGGAUCGGAGAAGUUUAUUCAGUUGGAGUCGGGCGAAAGAGGAUCUGUGCAAGAAGAUAGACCGGAAACAAUGAUGAGUUUAGGGAAUAAUUCACAAGUGUUGCCUGAUGAAGCGCCAAUAAUGCGUGGUACAUCAGAACUUGAUACUCAUUCCAAAGGUAGAGAAGACGAAAUUGACGACGCUAACUUAGUGCAUUCGGAAGAGACUGAAUACAACAGACCGGAAAGUAAAACUGAAGUGUCAGAGGUUAGACAUGAGGAUGAACCUGAAAAUGAGGAUAUUUCUGUGUUUGGACAUCAAGAGGUACAAGAAAAUGGAUCGGAGAUACAACAUGAAGAAGUUUCCGAAAGCAGACAAGAAGUUGAACCUGAAAUUACCAGUCGAAAAUCUGAAGAUAUGUCGGAGAUUGGACAUGAAAACUUUUCUGAAGCUAGACACGAAGAUGUUCAAGAGAAUUUAUCAGAAGUUAGACCGGAAAGUGAGCAGGAAGUUAGUGACAGGAAUGUUGAGGAUCGGUCUGAAUUUAGUCCUGAAGUUGUUUCUGAAGCUAGACUUGAAGAAGUAUUUGGAGAUGGGCACAUUGGAGAGUUUGCGACAAAUCAAGACGGAUCCAUAAAUAAUUUUGGAAGUCCUACAUCUAGAACUGGAGAAGGGGCAGAAUUUUAUGAGAAGAAUGUAGAUGAAAAUCAACGUUCGAAACAAGAAAAUGAACCCGAAACGUUUCGUUCGGAACACAGUGAAAAGCAAAGCUUGAUUGAAAAGGAAGAACAAUCCCUUCAGUUAUCUGAAUCACCGAAUCUCUUAGCCUCUGGUUAUGAGGAUGAUGCUCGAUCCAAUCAUUCUAAACCUUUCCUUCAACAGCCUUCAAUAGAAAUAACGCCAGCUUCUGAUCAUAAAUAUGUUGAGUAUCGAGCUGAAGAUGAACCGAAUAGUGAACAUUCCCAGCCCAUGUCGCCCGUUGGAGAAGAAAGUCAGCAACAACAACCACCCGUCGAAUGGAGGAAUUAUGAACAACAAGACAUUCAUCAGGAGAAUCGCAACAACAAUAACAACUAUCAAGAACAACUUAUCGACUUCAGCUCAUCACCAACUGCUCAAGGGGAUGAAAUAAUAGGUAUUAGUCAUCAAACACAACAUUCCCCUCAUCAAAACGGGCAUCUGAAAAAUUAUGAGGACCACGAAAACGAAGAUGACGAAAACACAUCCUUGCUAACUUAUAGAACUGAAAAUGAAGACUCUCCUAGCAAAAAGAGUAAUAAUAACUACAAGGGAGAGAACGGUCAUUUACUUUUGGGGAAUGGAGAGAAUAGUGGGAGAUUGUCCUCUUCUUCAACAGAAACAGAGGGGGCAGAUCAGGAAAAUAAUAAUAGUGAUUCUUCUUCGGUUGUGAUACGUCAAGGAACUUCUACUACUAGUUUGGAACACGGGCAACAACAUUUCCAGAAAUUGGAGAAUGAGGGUAGAAUUGAACAGUUGUGA